AUGGGUCGCUGGAUGACGCCGCGCAUUCAGGAGUGCAUGCUGAAUCCGCCCACAGCAAUCCACCACUUGACCAAAGAUGAAGUCCGCCAACUUCUCGAGAUUUCAGCGGAGUUGAAUUACGACAUCGCGAAAGCUGAAAAGAGUCAAACUUUGAGUGGGCUGGCAGCAGUGAUGGGACAGAAGACCAAGAGUCUUGAGACGGGCACAUCAGCUGGGUAUUUCAUUCGCACAAGUCACUGCAGCCCAAAAGACGCUGAUGGAGGAAAUCUCCAACCUGUAAACAACAUGUGCGAAGCAGUCGUGAAGCUUGCUUCUUCGAAACGGACCGUCCAGGCCCUUUUGAGCCUGUUUUAUCAACUCAGACAAGACGCGGAUUCUCCGGAUAACCAGCUGUACUUCUUUCCGUACUACAAUGACCUCGACCGCUUGAGCGAGUGGCGAUGCUACGUCAAGGAAGGCUACAUCGUUGCAAUCAGCCAGAGCAGAUUCUAUCAGCCAAAUCACGCUGGUAUGACUGACGAGAUGCUGGGUAGGCUAGCAUUUCAGGCUCGUCGCCUGUGGUCGCGCAUCGCACCGGAUCUGAACUUCAAGAGCUGCAUCCUAGACGUCUACGCCGAGAUGCUCGAUCCCAAGUUUGAGCUGAAGCUUAUUGAGAUCAAUCCCUGGGGUGCACACUCCGGCUCAGGCAGUUUACUCUUCCACUGGCUCGACGAUGCGGGUAUCCUUGAUCCUGAAUAG